GGUGUUUGGUCGAAUUUUGAAAAGUAUUUUCAUCGGUAACUGCAAAAUUAGCUCACGGUAACGGGCCGCCGCCACGACCACCACCAUACCACUACCACUACCACUACCAUCCCUGCAAUUACUCAACAGAACCACUACCAUCCCUGCAAUUACUCUAACAGAACCAGCACCGUCUCCGCUGUAUUCUCCUUGCGCACUAUCCUUAACUCGUCCAGAGGAAUUAUAGGAAGAAGUUUGGAAGGGAGGAAGAGAUGCCGGGGUUAACCUGUAACGCUUGCAAUAAGGAAUUUCAAGAUGAAAUUGAGCAGAAGCUCCAUUACAAAUCCGAAUGGCACCGUUACAACCUCAAGCGCAAGGUUGCUGGAGUUCCUGGCGUGACAGAAGAUCUAUAUUUAGCUAGACAGUCUGCACUUGCAGAAGAGAAGAAAAACUUAAAUGAAACUCCAAUGCUCUAUAGUUGUGGUCUUUGUGGCAAAAGUUAUAGAAGUUCCAAGGCACAUGCUCAGCAUCUAAAGUCUAAAAGUCACUCACUACGAGCUUCCCAGGGAGUUGGAAAUCAUGAAGGUGCAAAUGCUAUUAUCAAACCUUUCCAACCGCGAGUUCCUAAUAAGCUUUCCCAAGACAAUGAGUUGGACGAUGAAGAAAGUGAAGAGAGUGAAUGGGAGGAGGUUGACCCAGAGGAAGACUUGAUGGGUGAGGCCACCGAUUCUCUGACGCAGCUAAAUAUGAAUGAGCAAAAUUCUAUGGAUGAGGAUGAAGGUAGUGAUCCAGAUCAGUUUUUGAAGGAGUUGGACCCAUCUUGUUGCUUUAUGUGUGACUUAGAGCAUGGUACAAUAGAAAGCUGCAUGGUUCACAUGCACAAGUGGCAUGGAUUUUAUAUACCUGAUAUUGAAUAUCUGAAGGACCCAAAAGGCCUGCUUACUUAUCUUGGCUUAAAGGUUAGAAGGGAUCAUAUGUGUCUAUAUUGCAAUGACAGAUGCCAUCCUUUUGGCAGUCUUGAAGCAGUUAGGAAGCACAUGGAAGCAAGAAGUCAUUGCAAGGUGCAUUAUGGUGAUGGAGGAGAUGAUGAGGAAGCAGAAUUAGAAGAGUUUUACGAUUACAGCAGCAGUUACACUGACGCUGAUGGUAAGCAACUAGUUGUGGCAGAUGAUAGUCAAAACAGGAUUGAAUUUGGAAGUGGUGGAUCUGAGCUCAUAAUAACCCGGAGUAACAAAGGGGGAAUGUCAACAAGAGUACUUGGAUCAAGGGAAUUUCUACGAUACUACCGCCAGAAACCACGUCCAAUGCCUGCAACUGAUGUUGCUAUUACUGCUGCAUUAGCUUCACGGUAUAGGAGCAUGGGUCUGGCAACGGUGCAGUCAAGAGAGCAUAUUGUGAGGAUGAAACAAUGAGUCCUUUUGGACCGUCGGUCAAUUCUUCAUGUUCGGCUACUUAAUGUAAGGGAGUAGUGCUCCUUAUUUUUCCUAUUGUGUGUUGUAGGUGUUUAUAAACUCAAUGUAACUUUUAUUUUUUAUUAAUAAAUUGGGCUGGCAUUCCAUCCC